GCCCCUUCGAGCCCAAGUAAUGCUCGUCUUUUACAGCAACGGCACAUUUCCUCUUCUUCCCGAGGUCGCGGCCGGCGCCCCCAAAACCCUCGAGAUCUCGGCAGUCUGCACACCUCUCCACAGACACCCCAACCUCCAGCUCUCGAUCCCAGCCCGGCGGAGCCACCGGCACCGGAGGCGCGCCCGAGAUGAGCCCCAACAUCAUCACGGAGGCUGGGGUUUCAACUAGGCUGAACCAGUGGUGGAGCAGCACCCCGUUCAUUACCUCCGGCGUUACCAUAAUAUGUGCGGCCAUAUAUCUGGUGUGCUUGUUGGUUGGAUAUGACUCCUACGCCGAGAUAUGCUUCUUGCCUUCUGCAGUGGCCUCACAUUUUCAAGUGUACAGGUUCUACACAUCUGUUCUGUUUCAUGGCUCUUUGCUUCAUGUGCUAUUCAACAUGCUGACCUUUGUACCCUUGGGGACCGAGUUGGAGAGAAUUAUGGGAUCAGUCCGUCUCUUGUUCCUGAUGUUCCUUCUUGCAACAACUAAUGCAAUUUUCCAUCUCAUCGUCGCCUUCUUGGUGGAUUAUAAUCCUUUAUACCAUGUCUCAUAUCUUGUGGAUGAAUGUUCGAUUGGCUUUUCUGGAGUUAUAUUCUCAAUGAUAGUCAUUGAGACAAGCCUGAGUGGAGUGCAAUAUCGAAGUGUCUUCGGUCUCUUCAAUGUCCCUGCAAAAUGGUAUUCAUUCUAUGCACCUGUUGAAUUUCUUCCAUACAGUUUACUAUGUUUAAUUAUACAGCAAUAUUUAUAUUUGUGCAUUGUCAGGUAUGCAUGGAUUUUGCUGAUCCUGUUUCAGUUUCUCGCUAGUAAUGUUUCAUUACUGGGGCACCUCUCUGGCAUCUUGUCUGGAUUUGCAUACACUUAUGGGCUGUUCAACUACUUGCUUCCUGGACCAUCGUUUUACUCUUCUAUUGAAGGCUUGUCCAUGCUGUCUGUUUGUGUUAGGCGUCCUGGCUUUAUUCUCUGUACUGGAGGAACAACAUAUGGCCAGCUUCCUACACAUUCUAACAUGUCCACUCCACCCAGCGCUCUGAUAAAUGCAAAUUUCUUGAGAAAUAUUUCGUCAUGGAUGCCAAGUAGGCGGACAUCCACUGUUCAGACGUCUACUAAUCAGGAACAAGAAGACCCGAGAUUUCCAGGGAGAGGGCGGACGCUUGCUUCUACAGGAACUGAACCAACUGCAAGGGAGGCCAAUGCAAAUUUGCAUGCUAGGUUGUUGGAUAACUCAACCCCAAGCGAACUUCUAACAAAUUCACAGCAUACGGCAGCAAACACUGUCCGAGCUGAUGCAACAGUAACAGCUGACCAGACUGAUACAUUUGAUGAAGAGCUUAAGAAGCUGGUUGGGAUGGGCUUUGAAAGGACUCAGGCUGAAGUUGCUCUUGCCGCUGCGGACGGAGAUCCAAAUGUUGCCAUUGAGAUUCUCAUGAGCCAGCAGGAUUAGGGAUUAGCCACACAAUUCUAUAUCAAAGUGAGUGCAGUUAUCGAGCAGCAUAUCUCUUGCUUAUCUGGAGGUUAGGUUCAGACUGUGGAUGGAUAGUGGACUUUGUAGAGGAGAUGUUGGUGACAGAGUGGUUUUCAGAAAAUGUGCCAUUGAUUAUGCAGUUUGUAUAGGCGCAGAAGCUACUGCGUAGUGCCUGCUUGCAUUUGUCCAAGCUUAUGUAGUACUUGAACAUGGAAGUGUCAAGGGCUCCAGUUCCAGGCAUCAGUUGACUGAUUUCAUCA